ACAUUUCCUUGCCCCUGAUUGGUCAGAUUCCGUUCUCCUAUCCCAGAAUGCCAUGUCGGAUUUAUUUGAAGAUUCCGAUCGGUCGCCAUUUUGUUCCUGUGGUGUAAAGCGCCUGAGAGACGGAAAGUAUGACAACUGUCGCUGCACUGGCUGGAUUGGCCUCGGGAACUAAGCGCACAGCCGACGACCUCCUAGUCAACAUGGCAGGGAUCUCCCAAGAUCAGAAGAAACCUCGUCUUGACGCAAACCCACCGUCAAAAGUCCUUCAUCUUCGUAAUGUUGCAGCAGAGGCUACUGAUGCUGAGAUUAUUGCAUUAGGGAUUCCAUAUGGCAGAGUCACCAAUGUUCUGAUGUUAAAAGGGAAAAAUCAGGCCUUUCUUGAGAUGAAGACAAAAGAAAAUGCCAUGGCUCUUAUGAACAGCUAUUCAUACAUCCCACCUUCCAUCAGAGGUCGGCAGAUCUACAUUCAAUACUCAAAUCAUCAAGAAUUGACAACAAAUGAAUCCCAGCACUCUCCAGGGACAUCACAUAUCUUGGCAAUCGCUGGCACUCCAGAAGUGAUGUCAGCAGCUGCUAACAGUGCUCUAGGGGGGCUCAGUUCCAGUCAUCUUGGUGCAGGGAUAGGCUCUUUAACUUCAGGGCUCGGCAUUGCUGGAGAACUCCCUUCUGUCAAUGGAUGUAUACUCAGGAUUAUAGUGGAAAACAUGCUGUAUCCAAUCACCAUUGAAGUGCUUAAUCAGAUAUUCACAAAAUACGGAACAGUGUUAAAGAUUGUCAUUUUUACUAGAAAUAAUCAGUUUCAAGCAUUGGUACAGUUUUCACAGUCAACAGAAGCAAGAGCUGCAAAAUGUAGUCUUGAUGGUCAAAAUAUCUACAAUGGCUGUUGCACAUUACGGAUAGACUAUUCCAAGCUAAAGACGCUCAGUGUGAAAUACAACAAUGACAAAACCAGAGAUUACACACGGCCUGAUCUACCAUCUGGGGAGAGUACCCCUGACCCCUCUGCCUUGGGUUUUGCUGGACUUGCAGGAGGAACCAGUGUGUUAGGAAGCCCUGCAGCUCUUCUUGGCUUCCCAGGUCUUGGGGGUCUACCUUUAGCAAAUCUUGCAUCCCUAGCGAAUGCUGCCCCUCAGCGGAUGCCAAUGGGCAGCCCAUUAGUUCUAGUUAGCAAUCUUAAUGAAGAGAUGAUUAGCUGUGAUGCACUUUUCACUUUGUUCGGUUGCUAUGGUGAUGUGCAGCGUGUGAAGAUACUGUUUAACAAAAAAGACACUGCUCUAGUACAGUUUGCAAAUGUUCACCAGGCACAAACAGCUAUUGGUCAUCUGAAUGGUGUGAGAGUCUUUGGCAAGGAGAUGAAAGUCACCAACUCGAAGCACACCUCAGUGUCACUUCCCAAGGAAGGAGAGGACACCAAUUUGACCAAAGACUACAUGAACUCACCACUUCACCGAUUCAAGAAGCCAGGCUCCAAAAACUUCCAGAACAUCUUCCCGCCUAGCAGAACUUUGCAUCUCUCGAACAUCCCGGAAAGUGUAACAGAAGAGGAGCUCACCAGCAUGUUUGAGGACUGUGGGGAUGUCGCCGACUUCAGGUUUUUACCGAAAGACAGAAAGAUGGCACAUCUCUCGAUGGCAACGACUGAAGAGGCCAUUGAUGCUUUGAUUAAAAUGCAUAACUACAAAAUAAGCGAGACACACCACCUUCGCGUGUCGUUUGCGCGAUCUUCCAACUGAUGCGCCCUGCCCCGCGAUUCACCUCGUCAAGACACCACAUCAUUCCCCCAUGCUGCCUUUCCUGGAGUCAUCAGCAAAGAUACCACAGGGUGCCUGGCAGACUUCCUGACUGCGUGAUUCACCUCGUCAAGACACCGCAUCAUUCCCCACGCUGCCUUUCCUGGAGUCAUCAGCAAAGAUACCACAGGGAGCCUGACUUCCUGACUGCCUCCAAUAUAUUCACGGACGUUUCUUUUUAAUAUAAUGCACUUAAUUAUACACCUUGUUUAGUGAUCGUAAUCCCUUUUUAAUCCUUUCCCAAUUCAGUUGUUAAAUUUGGUCGAUUCGAGAUUUUAUAUGUUGAUUUAAGUGGUGUUCUGUUUUCUAGAUAAAUUGGUUCUUGUUAUACCAUUUCCACAAUCUAUCGCGAUUUGUUUAUUUCGCCAGAAACUAUCUUAUGUAGAAUAUAAUGAAUGUUAACGGCAAUUUCGAUAAUUUUUGCAAUAACAAUUUACCCAGUUUCAAUUGGGUUUUGCACAAAGUGAUCAUAUCCUAUGGUAGUGAUGUUGAAAAAUUUUCAGUCCAGAUUUGACGCUGUGAGCCGGCGUCUUGCAUGCGUUUCGUUUAUCAGCAUCUAGCCUUCGUAUUUCUUCCAUCACAGUUUUGUGAGCCGCAACAUAUUUUUCCAUAAGUGUUGUGCGCCUUGCCCACCGAGUUUUCAUUUCGUUAAUUUAACAACUGUUGCUUUUAGGAAAAUUGUGAUUGGUUUGUGUAGGACACGCUUGCCUUAAAGCCCAAAUUACCCUGGUGAUACAGUGCCUGCCGUUAGUCAAUAUGCAAUUUAAUUGCCGUAUAUAGUUUGUACAUAGUUAAAUGUUAGUAAUCGCAUUUGAUUUCGAAUAUGAAGCAGUUUUUAUAAUACACGACGCUGUGCGACCAGGGUCACUUGGGCGAUGGUUGCGGUAUUACGCACACAUGGUUUGUAGUUGUUGCUUCGCAUUUUCUAUUGAAGAGAUUGAUAGAUAAUAAACAAGUUACUUUUGUA